CUGCUUUUCACGUUGCAAUACGUGCCCAUUUUCUUUGCUCGCACGCAAGUUCGUGGCUCUAGUCUACAAAUCGUUUUUUCGCAAAAUAAAUUUGUUAAAUAAGAACUAAGUAAUUUGGUUCUUCUAAAGAAAUUUAAGAAACUAAUAUUCUUGUUAUGCGAUUGUUAAUUGUUGUAAAAUAACAUCAACACCAAAAUUUGCUAUUACAUUAGUAGGCAAUGAAAAAAUGCAGGUAGAAUAAAAGCAAAGAAAAGUGUUAAAGCAUUAAGUGAAAUUUUGGAGAAAAUAGAAAAGAAGGAAAAUACAUGAAACAGCAAAGGAAAUAAAGUAAUCAAACAAAGAAAAGUGAAGUGAAACAAGGCAAAGCAAGGCGGAAAAACGAUUUUUUGCAAAACGCACACGCAAACGAAGACGAGAAGCGAAGCGAACUAGCGAACGGACAAGUUACGAGCAAUUGAAAAUUGUUAACACGGUUGGAGAGGUGUGUGGGAUAAAAAAGUGAAAACUGUUUGUUGGGCGUCAAACGGUGCACAUAAAUUUUUAGUGAAUAGAUAUACGUGCAUGAAUUAUAGGUAAAGCAUAACUGAGUAACUGAACGUGCGCCGGUGCUUCAUCAAAAAGAAAAAACUUCAAAAUUCUUAGCUACGGCAGCAAUUCUUACAAUAACGCUUAUAACAACUCUAUCGUCACCACCACGCUCCAUAAGCAGCCCGCAGUGCCGCCACUACCACCUCCAAUUAUGUUUGUCAAUUCGAUGACGUUUCGCGGCAAUCCUGCCCCCAACCAUCAUUACGCUGGCCACCCAUUGGCUACGGCACAUCAUCCACAACAACCGCAAUUGCACCAUCAUGCUACAACUGGACAAGCUGGCGGGCCAAUGGCUCACCAUCCAUCGGCGGCACAUGGUACGCAUCCGGGUGCCCAUCCCGGCUCAGCCAACAACAAUAUUCACCAUGCCGCUUCGGCUAUGAAUCGUCAUGCACCUCAUGCGCCCAUGGGUAUGGGUAGCGGCAACAUCACCUCAAUGUCGCCUCAUAUGCCAAACAAUGGCAGCGGCAUGCCAGGUAGCGGCAGUGGCAGCGGUGCAAGCUCUAGCUCACCGGAUAGUGGUAAAAUUUAUAUCAAGAAUUUGGAACGCUCCAUUGACAACAAAGCAGUCUACGACACGUUUUGCGUGUUUGGUAACAUUUUAAAUUGUAAUGUUGCCAAGGAUGAAGAUGGCAAUUCACGCGGCUAUGGUUUUGUGCAUUUCGAUUCAGAAGAGGCUGCACGUAUUGCUAUUUCAAAGGUGGACGGAAUGUUGUGCAAUAAUCAGAAGGUGCAAGUAGUAAAAUUCAUACCACGCCGUGAUCGUGAACAAGAAAAGGCAUCGCAAUUUAGGAAUCUCUAUGUGAAGAAUCUCAGCGAAGAUUUCACUGAUCAACAUUUACAUGAAAUGUUUGAACCGUACGGACGCAUAACAAGUCACCGGGUGAUGCUGGAUGAAGAGGGCCGCUCUCGCCGUUUUGGUUUUGUGGCUUUUGAAAGCCCACAAUCGGCUCUGGCAGCUGUUAUCGGUCUAAAUGGUAAGCAAUUAGGAGACAAUAAGUUCUUGUACGUUGCACGUGCACUGAACAAAGUCGAACGCCAACAGGAGAUCAAUCGAAAACUCGAAGAACGUAAGCGGCAGAAGGCUGGUCAAGUAUUCUACUAUUAAAUGAAAAAAUAUAAAGGAUGCAAAAUUAAAAAAUAACCGUUGAUGCAGAUAAGGAUGAAAUAUGAGCCGAAUAUUGAUUGCGAAGUGGAUUAGUGAUGAAUAUUGGUUUCGAGCUCAUGAGGUGGUAAGUAUAAGAAAUAUGUUUCAAUGAAGCAUUGGUGAAUAACAACAAUUAGCUUCAGAAAAUUUAGUUGAAUCGACGAAAGUUGAUAAAUGAUCAUGAUAAAUGAUGUAUCCACACAUACAUAAGAACUUUCGCAGGCGAGUCGAUGCAACUUGAUUGAAAGAAAUUUUCGAAUAUCGUAUAUAAUUAAGAAUUAUUAAAAAUUUAAAAUGAAUAUUAUAAAAAUAACAAAUAAAUACACAUACAUACAAACAAAUACAUAUAUGUACAUGUAGAGAUGUAAAAUUUAAAGCAAAUUAUGGGAUUUUUCAAUUUUGGUUUUGAUGUUAAAUGAAAGUUUACAUUAGUAAAAACAAAAAAAUAAAAUAAACAAAUAAAAAAAAAUGUAUUGCUUAUUGUUAACUUUUAAAAACUAAAAAUAUUCCGCAAGUAAAAUUGGAAAAAAGAAAUCAACUACAACAAUGAAAAAUGAAUGGAAAAGUAAACUUUAUAUAGAAACGCCGUUUAACGUUGAUUACACAGUAGAAUUUAUGAAUGUCACAUUGAGCUCAUCUCAAUGAUUUGCAGCUAAAAUUAAACAUAAAUUUAACUUCAAAUUAAAUGGCAUAUGUAUGUAUGUCUCUAUCUAUAUAUAUAUAAAUAUUACUAUUAUAGCUACUAUUACAAUUAUUCAUGCACUCCUCCUAAAUGUACACAAACAAACAAAAUUUUACACACACACACACGCAGCUUAAAGAAACACAUACUCACACAAACACACACACAUACAACCAUGUUUGCUUAUAUACAUAUGUAUAUGUAAAAUGUAUAAUGAAUUUUGUCACGAAUCGGCAAGAAAUUAAUAAACACUAUUGAAAACAUGAAAAAGCACAUUUCAUAAAUUUGAAAGAAGAUAAUGACGCGAGAAACGCUAAUAUUAACAUGAAAGUACAUUUAUAUUAAAUUACUCACUUUGCAAAACCAAAAAAAUAAUAUUUGUAAUAUUAAUGACCCCCAAUUCCAUAUUAUGUGUAAGAGUAUUUAAUUGUAUUGCAAAAAGUAAAAUAAAAAUAAUAAAAACAGAAUCGUAUUAUUAGGAAAAAAAUAGAAAAGGACGUAGGAACAACGUAAGAUGUCUAAAAACAAAAACAAAAAGAACGGCAGAAACCCAAAUGCAAGAAAAGGCAACAAAUUUUAAGCGUAGUUGUAAAAUCGAUUCAAAAUGCAAGAAAUGUGUAUUUACUGUAAUUAAAAAGGCGAAGAAAAAUAAUACUGGCAUAAAACAAAUAAAUGAAUAUAAAAUGAUAAAAAAACAAAAAUAUGUGUAAUCAAAGGUGUAGAAAAACAAAAACAAAAAAUGUAAGACAAAAGGUAAACAUCAUGAAAACAUUAAAUUAAGCGAAGAGAAAAACAAACGCAAAGCACAGAAAUCCAGAUGAAGUAAAUAAAAAUAUGACUAACCGUAAUUUAUUUUAUUCUAAUUAACCCAAAAAAAUACUGGUAAUAGGAAAAAAAGUUAUGAUUGAAAUUAUUAUACUAAAUGUUCCCAAAAAAUUUUAACAUUUAAGUUCUUAACGUAGACAAAAUGUAUAGAUAUUACACAAAGAAACACACAAAUGAAAAUAAAUGUAAAAAAAAGAAUACAAAAAACGCAAGUAAAACAAAAAACAGAAAGGACAUUAAUGAGUUAGUAAAGGAAAACAAAAACAAAAGAAAAGCGAAGUAAAUGCAUAUACAUAUGAGAAGCAAAAGAGCAGCAAGAAAAAACUGAAAAUUUUAUUAUUAAGCAAAUGAAAAUUUACUAUAUAUUUUUACUAGACGAAAUGCAAUUGCAAUUCUUUCCAUUACAAAACCCCUUUUACUCCCCUCUUCCCUUAAAAAUCUAUAAUUACAAUAUGAUUAAAACAAUGUAUACAUGUUGUAUAAAUAUGAAUUUAACUAGUAAUUAUUUUUUAUUGAAACCAAGGUGUUGCAAAAAUAACUUAAAUGAUGAAAAACAACCAAACUGUAACGAAUUGAAUACAAACAACUAGAAAAACAACAAGUAAUUUAGAAAAAAAACUAAAUAAAACAAAACUGGCAGUAAACAAAGCAAAAAAUUAAAAUUAAAUAAAAACCACAAAGACAAAAACAAAAACAAGAAAAGUAAAGACAAACGUAAUAACAAUCGAAUGUUACAAACUUGCCUAAUGGCAGAAUCAUAGCGGUAACCGGCAGCAGUGGCCACAAAAUACAUGAGAAGAAUAAGGAUAAAUCAAAUAAAAUCUACGCUUUUACAUUUUAACUUCAUGGGCAGCUGGGGAGAGGGUGAGACUUUUUCCUCUUUAAUCGCCACUGCCAUGCCCAAGAGAAUCGUCGUUGCUGUCAUUACCCUAUGAUUCGGCUGUACCAUAUUUAUAUGUUAAAUGCAAAAAUAAAAUACACAUGUAAAAACAAACAGCUCGAAAGGUGAAAAUUUUUGAACAUCACUUAGAGCCAUUUUCUAUUUUUUAUUGCAGUAAAUUGUUGUAACGUUUUCGAAUUUCUCUACAAGCAAGUAAUUGGUCUCGUAGACAUUCAGUUAUACAUUCUUGUUAAUGACUAUUAACCACAUACUAUAUGUACAUACAUACAUACAUAUCGUCACCUGAAAUGCAAAAUAACGUAUCAUCAAAAAAAUCGAAAUUGAGUGUCUUAUUGAUUACGCUUCACUACUUCAAAUUAUAUACAUAAUAUUACAUAUGUUCAACAUUUUCUAGUUCUGCGGUCAUAUAUAAACCAGUCUUAACCAAUAUUAAUAUUUUGUUUCACUCAUGUUCGAUUUUAUUUCGUGUUUCAUUCAUGCCACUGUCAAUUUUUGAAAAUGUUGUUACGUUAUUUUGCAUUUCAGGUGACGAUAUACUUUAUUUUAUUCUUUUAUUUCUUAAAUUAAGUUUAAGUAUGACGCAUUUUAGCGGCAACUAUGAUGACUUUAUUAUAUUUUGGUUUUUUUUCUUAUUAUAUAUUCAUACAUUGGGAUUUACAUUGACAAACUGUUAUACAAAAAAAAAUAAAUGAAUAAAUAAAUAAUAAUAAUAAUAA